UAUUCAUUCUCGCUCUCUCUGUCACAAACACACACACACACACAGGCCCACUGUCCCUGACUUCAUGCUGGACACGCGACGGACAGAAAGGGACAACGACGGAACAGCAAACUUCAGCACCGACUCCCUCCGUUUUCUCAAACACCUUUCAGCGCCCCUCAGAAGUUCUGCUGGCAACCAAAUGUUCACUAGAGGGAACGCUUUCAAGAGACAAAGACUGGACUGCCUGACCUGAGACAGUGACACAGAGAGACGGAGAGACAGAGCGAGAUGAGUGGACGCAAGGACAGCUGUCUCUGACCAGUACACACAGUCAGCCAUCUGUCCCAUUAGAUGGGACACAAACCAUCACAUCCCGACGCUGCAGUUUGACCGGAGGACCCCCAUUAACUUUCUGCAUCUGCGUUUGUUUGGAUUAACACAAAAAAACUGCCUGCUUCCCAAACACAUGGACCAAGCCGCAGUGUGAGCAGAGGCAGGGGAAACAACGCGUGAUCGCCACAGGGUCCGGUUGCUUGGAUACGGAGUCAAACUUUGAGGGACCCCUGGUGUGACUCCUGUCAGCUCCGCAGGGGAGGAGGUGUUUCCAGCACUUCCCUUGGGUCAGUCAUUCUCCUCCUCUCUUCCCUCUCCAGCUAUUUUGUCCGAAAACAGGAACGAUGGACGAGCGUCUCCCAAAGCUGCCUCUCCUCUCAUCCUGCACCUCCCCGGGCCAGUCUCCUGGUAGCAGCGGGACAGAUGACAGCAGAGGGGCCAAAAGCCCUGCUCCUGGCAAGGCCAUGAGCCCAACCCUGGUGUGUAAGGUCUGUGGGGACACGAGCAGUGGCAAGCACUACGGCAUCUACGCAUGCAACGGUUGCAGUGGCUUCUUCAAACGCAGCGUCAGGCGGAGGCUCAUCUACAGAUGCCAGGCAGGUACUGGCAUGUGUCCUGUUGAUAAAGCCCAUCGGAACCAGUGCCAGGCCUGUCGCUUGAAGAAGUGUCUCCAGGCUGGCAUGAACAAGGAUGCAGUCCAGAAUGAGCGGCAGCCCCGCAGCACUGCUCAGGUGCGUUUCGACUCGCUGGACAUCGACCCAGAGAAAGAGCACCUGGCCACCACGCGAGAGCCCACCACCUGCUCCUCCUCCUCAUCUUCCUCGGCGUCGGCUUGUGCUUCCGUCGUCUCGCGGCCCUUCAUCGCCUCCGCCGUGAGCUCCUCGGCUCAGACGCAGCACGCCGCCUCCAGCCCCCAGAACAACCACCGCUUCAUGGCCAGCCUGAUGACCGCUGAGACAUGUGCCAAGUUGGAGCCGGAGGAUGUUGAUGAGAACAUCGAUGUGACAAGCAACGAGCCGGAGAGGGCGUCCUCAGACUAUCACAUGUCCCUGUACCAGUCCAGCAGCCCUGAGAACGUGUACGAGACCUCAGCUCGCCUCCUCUUCAUGUCUGUGAAAUGGGCCAAGAACCUGCCCGUCUUCUCCAAUCUGCCCUUCAGAGAUCAGGUGAUUCUUCUUGAGGAGGCUUGGAGUGAACUCUUCCUGCUGUGUGCCAUCCAGUGGUCACUGCCACUGGAGAGCUGCCCUCUACUCUCACUGCCGGAUCUGGCUCCCAGCAUGUCUUGCAAGACCACGCUACCUGGCGUGGAUGUGCGUUUGCUCCAGGAAAUCUUCAGCCACUUCCGCACCUUGAUCCCUGACCCCACUGAGCUGGCCUGCCUCAAAGCAAUCGUCCUGUUCAAGCCAGAGGCUCGAGGUCUAAAGGACCCUGAUCAGGUGGAGAACUUGCAGGACCAAUCACAAGUGAUGCUUGGCCAACACAUCCGUGCACAUUACCCAGGCCAACCUGCCAGGUUUGGGAGGCUGCUGUUGCUGCUGCCAUCUUUGAGGCUGGUGAGCUCAGAGCGGAUUGAGCUCCUCUUCUUCCACCGCACCAUUGGGAACACGCCCAUGGAGAAACUCCUGUGUGACAUGUUCAAGAACUAGCCCAGGAUGUCAGCAUCUACUCAUCACCUCUCACUAGCACUGGUCAACAACAACACAGGAAUACAUAUGGGUACAAACCAAGCUGGCAAGCAACAAACCACAGCAAGAUUCUAUCAUCUGCAGGUCAUUAACUGAACUUACUUAUACUUGUUCCAAAUUAUAACAAGAUCCACGCACAGCCUGGUUAGGUGCAGGUAGAUUGCAGGAACAUACUUAAAUAGCAAAAAUUGGAAUAGUUCUACCGCACACUGUUGACGUUUACUUGAUUUUAUUCAGAGCGAACAAUGCGUUUUGCAUACAGCGUCCUCAGGUUCGCUCAGGUAUGGUCAUUAAGGUCUCUUGAUCACAAACACAAAAACUAAAAACUGCCUCAAGUAUCCCUCACAAUGUAUUUUAUUUGUAAAUUAGAGAAAUUAUCUUACCAUUAUGAAAUUAUACAUUUACCAAGGUAUAAAUUCUUAGUAUUCCUAAUACUUAAUAUUUACUGUACUGUUAAAUGUAUAUAGACCCCCCUUUAAUUCUGUCAAACCAUAGGGUUUCCUUUGCUUCCAGGACCUUUCUGUUGUAUGUUCAUGUAAGUUGAGAGACAGCCAAUGCUAGAUUAGUGUCAGGAUUCAUCAUGUAUCUGUUUGUUUAGCUUUGUCACUGAAAAUGAAUUCAAGCUUUUUUUUUUUUUUUUACUUCUAUAGUGAUGUCAAGAAAAAUAGUUUUAUUUAUAUGGCACUAUAUGUCUAUCCCUGACUGUUUUGGGGUUUAGGGGUUCUGUUCAGUAUUAUUGUUUUUCAUUUAUCCCUUUUGUGUGAAUAAAUUAUCACAAUUCCAAA